CUCCUCCAUGAUUUUUCCUGAACCCAUCUUCACAUCCUUCUGAGCUAACUAAUUUAACUAUCAUUACAAUCCCUACUAGUUUCUGUCCAAAAACCAAUCUUGCCAGACAUGAGCAUAUCUUCUUCCGCUCCUUAUCUCUCACCAAUACCCAGCAAAACCACAGCACUCAACUCUCAACAAAAACAGCAGUUAAGAAAACCUGACCAUGCCAUUUCUCUUCUCCAAAACUGCAAAAACCCUAAAGAUCUAAUACAACUACACACCCUUCUCAUAAAAACCUCUCUUAUCAAAGAAAAGUAUGCCUUUGGCCGUCUUUUAUUGUCAUUUGCCUCAUUUGACAAUCUGGGCUCUCUUAAUUAUGCUCAAAAACUGUUUGAUACUGUUGAUAUCCCAAGAAACUCAUUUAUGUAUACUACCAUGAUAAAAGCCUAUGCAAAUUUUGGUAAUCCAAGGGAGGCAUUUGCUUUUUAUUCAAGAAUGCUGUGUGAUCAGCAUUAUGUGUAUCCUAAUGAUUUUACCUUUACUUAUGUGUUUUCUGCUUGUUCUAAGUUUAGUGGUGUUUUUGAAGGCAAGCAGGCUCAUGCCCAGAUGAUAAAAUUUCCUUUUGAGUUUGGUGUUCAUUCUUGGAAUUCUUUGUUGGAUUUUUAUGGGAAAGUAGGGGAGGUGGGGAUUGUGGUUCGUCGAGUAUUUGAUAAAAUUGAGGGUCCUGAUGUUGUUUCUUGGAAUUGCUUGAUUAACGGGUAUGUGAAGUCAGGAGAUUUGGAUGAGGCACGAAGGCUUUUUGAUGAAAUGCCUGAAAGAGAUGUUGUGUCUUGGACUAUAAUGCUUGUGGGUUACGCUGAUGCUGGUUUUUUGAGUGAGGCAUCUUGUUUGUUUGAUGAAAUGCCGAAAAGGAACUUGGUUUCUUGGAGUGCAUUGAUUAAGGGUUAUAUACAAAUUGGUUGUUAUAGUAAGGCUUUGGAGCUUUUCAAGGAGAUGCAAGUUGCUAAAGUUAAAAUGGAUGAGGUCAUAGUAACGACUUUGCUCUCUGCAUGUGCUAGGCUGGGGGCUUUGGAUCAGGGUCGUUGGCUCCACAUGUAUAUAGAUAAACAUGGGAUCAAAGUUGAUGCCCAUUUAUCAACAGCUUUGAUUGAUAUGUACAGUAAAUGUGGGCGAAUUGACAUGGCCUGGAAAGUUUUUCAAGAAACAGGGGAUAAGAAGGUAUUUGUGUGGAGUUCUAUGAUUGGUGGGCUGGCAAUGCACUCGUUUGGGGAGAAAGCUAUUGAGCUCUUCGCCAAGAUGAUAGAGUGUGGAAUUGAACCGAGUGAAAUUACGUACAUCAACAUUUUAGCAGCGUGUACUCAUUCAGGUCUUGUUGACGUUGGGUUGCAGAUAUUUAAUAGAAUGGUGGAAAAUCAGAAACCAAAACCAAGAAUGGAGCAUUAUGGAUGCAUUGUAGAUUUACUAGGUCGUGCAGGUCUGUUGUAUGAUGCAUUUCGGGUUGUUGAAACAAUGCCUGUGAAAGCGGAUCCAGCUAUAUGGAGAGCCCUCCUCAGUGCUUGUAAACUACACAGAAAUGUCGAGCUGGGAGAGCAAGUUGGGAGGAUUUUAAUUAAGAUGGAGCCACAAAAUGACAUGAACUACGUGCUUUUCUCCAAUGUUUAUGCAGCAGUUAAUAGAUGGGAUAUUUCUGGGAAGUUGAGGAGAGAGAUGAAAGUAAGAGGUAUGCAAAAAAAUCCUGGAUGCAGCUCCAUUGAACUCAACGGUGCAGUCCAUGAGUUUGUUUCUAGAGACCAUUCUCAUCCCCAGAGUCAAGUAAUUUAUGAGUUAUUGCAUAUAUUGACCAAUCAUAUGGUGCAAGAAGAUCAUGAACCAAUGAUGACUAUCAUGGCCGAGAACCAGGGCAUACGGUGAAAAGAUGGAAAUCCACGGCCCACUGUUAGUUGCAAGCAAUGGACAUAUCUAUGGUGCAAGAUGAGCAUGAGCUGAUGACGACUAUUGCUGCUGAGAACCGAGAGACAGCUGGUCAAAACACCCAGAUAGUGCCCUAUAAAUUUGUUUGCGAUGCCCGUGUUUCAAGUUUUGGGGUGAACAAGCCAUUAUUGGGGUUGGUGACCAAAUGAUUAUAUUCCUCGGAGACAUUCUUUCCACAUGCCCAUUAAGAAUUUUAUGGAGUUUAUUGACGAGUUUCAAGAAAGGCAUGGCUUGCUGACCAUCAUAUAAACUCGACAAGAGGAACUUGAUUACUAAUAAUUGUUCAAGAACUGCAUCAUUGCAAAUGGUGUUGAAAGGAGCUUUACAAGGUGCGAGUCAAAAUAUGUGCUUGUACUUUGCCUAUUUUAAGUAGCUGGUGGGGGUAGAUGUAACCGAGGUUGAGCAAUGCUGAAGCUGCAAUUUGGCAUUAAUGGCUUGCAAUUCAAGCAUGCAAAUUUACUGCGUGAAGACUAGACUAAGAUGGGUGUGAUGAUGCAUCAACCGAUCACCGCUUUAGAAGUCAUCAGUCCAAGCUUAAAGAAGAAAACACAUCUUGAUUUCCUGGUCCGCUCAUAAAAUUAAGAUUUUCUUAUAAUUUUGUUUCAUUUGCCUUUUCUUUUAACAAUUUUAUUUUCUCUGGUAUCUUAUUCCUGGAAAUUAUAAUGUUUGA